AUUCUGUGGAUUGUGGAGAAUUAAAUAAAACAGUUAGGAGAGCAGGCGGAAAAAACAUCAUUUUCUGUUCCACCUUUCACGAUCUCAGUUCGCAGAACCCUCGGGGCGCCAGUUUAAGUCUGAAAUGAGGAGGAAUUUCACCUCUGAGAGGGUUGUGAAUCUUUAGAGUUCCUUGCCUCAAAGAGCUCUUGAGAGCAAAUUGCUUGUGUAUCUUUUAAGGCGGAGGUAGACAGAUUCAUGAUCAGUUGGAGAAUCCAGGAUUACGGAGAAAGGCAGGGAAGUAAGAGUGUGCAAUGUGGGACCAGCCAUAAUCAUUUUCAAUGCUGGAGCAGGCGCGAAGGACCUGACGACCAACUCUUGUUCCUAUUUCUCACUACCUUUAUGGUCAAUGAAAUACUUCUGAAGUUCAGUCUUUGUUGUCAUAUAUAUUCGGAGGGAGUGUUUCCCCAUUCAUUUAUAGAAACGGAGCUGCUGACGCGUUGGACAGACUAUGGCAGAGACGCCUCCGAUGCUGAGCGUGGGGUUGGUCGAAAAAGAUACAAAUGGUGAUGCACUGUGGGUGUGGUGCUACCCUACUGUCACAACAGAACUCCGCGAGCUGCUUUUGAGGAAAUGCUGCCUUUCUGAUGAAAACGAUGUCCUUCACACCUUUGUCUUUGGCCAGUUUAAAAGAAUCUGGUAUUACAUCACAACCACACAAGUCCAGGAUUCCACCACAUUGUUAAAGGUGACCCAUUUUUCUUUAGUUCUAACUGCCAAAGACUUUAACCCAGAGAAAUAUGCAUCAUUUGGGAGAGUAUUGUGUCGGAUGUACAUGAAAUAUGGUAAUCCAGCCAGGAUGAUGGAAGGUUACAUUUCUGUUCUUACCAAUGGCAUUUGUCAAAGCGAAGAGAAUGGGUCGUUUCUUAUGAAGGAUUAUGAUGCAAGAAAAGCAUAUCUUGCUGGAUCCAUUAAAGAUGUAGUAAAUCAGUUUGGAAUGGAAACCAUUAUCCUGUACACUGCACUUAUUUUAAAGAAGCGGAUUGUGGUGUACCACCCACGUAUAGAAGCAUUGCAGGAGUUUACCAGGACCUUGCCUACAUUGGCUUGGCAUAGGCAGGAUUGGUCAAUACUUCAUCCCUAUGUGCACUUAAUUCAAAAUGAACUAGAGGCAUUGAAGACUUGCGCUGGCUACGUAGCUGGUUUCACAGACUUAAAGGUGACUGAUCGCCCAGACAUCUACGAUGUGUUUGUGAAUUUGGUGGAAAGUGAAAUUGUUGUUGCACCACACGCUCAAGAAUCAAUGACAAUGGGUAAACUGCACAAGGACAUUGGGCAAUUCAUUGUCCAAUCAGCCAGUGACCCAGAGAAAUCAGAUGGUCAAGUGAUUAAGGACAUUUCACAGAAAACAAAAGAAAUCUUGGCUAAUUUAGCUUCACUGGCGCCAAAUGAAGGGGGAAAACCCAAGAUCACUCUGGAGAUUCUAAAGGAGCGUCAUUUUCCACCAGUGACUGAGAGCUUCCUCUAUCACUUAGCGGCCGCAGAGCAAAUGCUUCAGAUCUGACUCUUGCCAUUUACAUUGUGAAACCUUUUAUAUAGUGGAUCAAGGUGAAUUAUUAGACAGUAUUCAGCUUAACAACUGCUUUGGGAAAAUGAAUAAAUGAUUGAAACUGAACUGGUACACAUUACUUGCUGGAUUUCCAGAAAUACAAGUUAAAUAUAUUCUGAAUUGACCUAUCAGUUAUAGGAAUGUGUAUAUGCAUACUUGUAUACUUAAAGAAUCAUGCUAAAUCCUUAAUUAAGGAAACUACAUCUAGAUCCAGAUUAUUCUUCACAAAUUAUUAUGUACUUAGCUAAAGAAAAACAGUAAAAUUGAAUACAGGACUAGCUCCUCUGGUAUGCCUCAAAAUUCAAUAUGACUAAUAUGUUUGUUUGCAUAAAUUGCUGGUUUUUUAAUAUCUGGCUUGUCAAAAUUGAUUUUCUCUGAAAUGAUGCAUAGGAUUUAAUGGACUUCUCCAGGAACAACCUGUGCCAAUUGCAGGGUUCCACCAUGGGAAGAUUAUCCUCACCCUUCACAAUGAUCCUCCUUGCCUCACUCUCACCUUGGGCCUAUCUGAUUGACUCUGGCUAGGUUGCCUCACUUAUCUGGGUUUAGGGUCUCAUUGGCUGCUUUCCCCCUCCCAGGUAUCCUGGAGAUAUUACUGAAGAAUUAGCAUUCUCUAAUUAACUGGCUGCUCUUGGAGGUGGAACAUCCAUGGUGAAUGCCCUGGGAACCCUGACAGUGGAUGAUGUCCGACACAUCGCCUGCACUUCCGCCCUCACCCUCUCUUCCCUCCCACAACAGUGAUUGGGUUUCCCCUGUCCUUACCUACCAUCCCCCCAGCAUCCACAUCAAGAUGAUCAUCAGGUGCCAUUUUCACCACCUCCAGCAAGAUGACACCACUACACAUAUUCCUCUCCAUUGUCCACCUUUCACAGGGACUGUUCCCUCCGGGACAUCCUGGUCUACUCUUCCUUCGAUCCCAACAGUGCCACAGCACCUGCCCCUGCAACCGUUGAAGAUGUAACACCUGCCCAUUUACCUCUUCCCUCCCCACUGUCCAAGGGACUAUACAUACCUUCCAGGAGAACCCGCACUUUACCUGUUUUUCUCACAAUCUAGUCUACUGCAUUCGCUACUCACAAUGUGGUCCUCUCUAUAUUAGGGAAACGAUGCAUAGACUGGGUGACCCUUCGCAGAACAUCUAUGUCCUGCCUGCAGAAAUUACCCUGAGCUUCCAGUUGCCUGCCCUUUAACACACCCCCUAUUCCCUGGCCACCAUCUCUGUCUCAGGCUUGCUGCAGUGUUCCAGCAAAGCUCAACACAAGCUGGAAGAACAACACCUCAUUUUCCACCUGGGGACCCUGCAGCCCUCUGGACUCAGUACUGAGUUCACUAAUUUUAGGGCCUGAAUUUCCCCAUGUCCUAGCCCCCUAUCUCACACAUCAGGCCUCAUUAUCACAUAGCCUGCCAUUACAUACUACUACUGUUAGCCAUUAACAGUCUCCAUUAACCGCUGUUCACCCUUCUAGCCAGAUCAUUAUCAACUCCUUUGUUUAAUUAUUCUUCAGUCUCUUUGGGCUCUAUCCCCAACUACCACGUAUACUUUACCGCCCCACCUUGAUUUAUGCAUAUAAACAGACAGGUUCCGAGCUACAAUCAGUUCUGUGGAAGGGUCACCUGAGCCAAAACGUUAACUCUGUUUUCUCUUCAUAGAUCCUGAGCUUUUUUAGCAAAGUUAUGUUUUUGUUUCUGAUUUACAGCAUCUGCAGUUCUUUUGGUUCUUAAGCCUGAUGACAGACCUGGGAAGUGCCUGCUCGGAAUUAAAUCCCAUCGAGGCUCCUGGACAUAGCUGCAGGAAAUGGGGGUGGGUUUACCUCCAGCUCUGUAGACAGUGGACAGGCACAUCACUGCAGCCACUAAAUCCUGACUCAUGUCUGGACAAUUAUUUUGCAUCCCACGCAACCACAAAGAAUUAAUUUUCUUAUCUAUUUGGCUAUUUAUUUUUCUGUUCCCUGUUUCUCAACAGUGCUUUCAGAACCAACAAUCCCCACCACCUAGAGGAAUAAGGACACCAAAUGCAUAAGGAUAUCACCCUCUCCAAGUGUCCUCAUAAGUCAGAAACCCUCCUGAAUUGAACAAGUAUUUCCAUAUUUCAGUGUUUCUGAGUCAAUUUCCAGGAACUCCAUACAAUCGUAUAGGAAUACCUUUAACACGUGGACUGCAGUGUUUUAGCCAGGUGACUCAAGGGCAACCAGGAAAAUAAAUGCUGCCCUUGAUAGCAAAGCUUGAGAAUUUAAAAAAACUUGUAUCAAGUUUGAUGUGUAUUUUGAACAUGAUGAUUGCUACAUUACAGGCAGUUUUCAUUCUGAUAAUUUAAUGGCUUGUUCACAUAUUUCAUUGGCAUAAUUACAUGUUUUCUUCUUUCUAAAUGGUCAUUUUCUACUUCUUAUUCAGCAAUCAUAUUACACAAGCCUUUCUUUCAACUGGCUGAAUCCCCAUAGCAAAUUUUCUAUCCAAUCUCACAACAGGAAAAUAAAUUCUUAAGCACACUCCCAUGUUAGAGCCCUCCCAGUGUCCAACACAUAAAAAUGUUGCCUUAAGCGUAAUGAAGUCUGAGAUGAGUUAAAUAUUAUGGGUGGAAUCUUCUAGGCAUCUAAGUGACAUGGGCUGUGGUGAGAUUUGUGGCAGAGUCAGACGAGAAGUCCAGUAGUACAGACUUUGACAUCAGAGCAUUUUGGUCAAUCUUUUCUGCUUUUGGCAAGUGGCGUGGCAAGUUUCUUGCUAGGAGUAGUAAGUUGCCAAUUAAGAAACCUACCUGGAUACUCAUAGCAUCCCACCUUGUCUUGCCAUUUUGUGCUUUGCCCUCUCAGCCAGAGAUACCAGGCUCAUUAUUACUUCUUUCCAUUCAGUACAGGCACCAAGGUCGGAAGCUUGCUGUGGUUGUCAGCAGGCCUCAGUCAAGUCAAGCAAGGCAGCUUUGUUCAGGAGGCCCUGGCACACAAAAUCAAGGGCAGCUUUCCAUACCAGUCCAGGGUUGGAAACUGUCAGUCAGCCACUCAGGGUAGUCAGAGUCAGGAUGUUCUCCACAAGAGGAGUGAGGAGCCAAAUAUUGGGCAGCCUACCACCUGUCUUGAGUUUUCUGCUGUACUGGGGGCUGCUUUCCUCCUAAACUGAGGAUGUAGCAAGUAUUAAGGGAGAUGAAAGUGGGUGACAAAGUUGUUACUGUUGGUACAAGUGGAGAAGUGUCCUGAGCAAGUGAUUAGACAGAGCAGGCAGCAUUCAGAGUUAGUGUUAUCAGGGUUGGGGUUGGUAAGAGCGAGUGAGAGAAGAUGUUGCAUGUAUUAGUGAGAAUAGUAAACUAUACCCUUGAUGAGAGACAUGUACAGUAGCAGCAAUAGAAUGAAUGAGGGGUAUCAGGGAGAAGACAGUGGAGCUUAAACAGGCAGAAUGGAGAAGGUCAUUGAUCUCCUUACAGCACUGUGCAUUCCAGUAGAUGGCUGAGCUAUCUUUAAGCCAGCUGGCUACUUCGACAAUGCUGGCAUGGUCCAGUGUCACAGCCUCCACUGCCAACCCUGGGAGAUGAUAAAGUCCCAUGUUUGCAACAGUCUGUCCAGCAGUACCUCCAGAUCCCUGCCUGGAAAGCAGGGUGACUAUUUCCAACAGAGCCCUGUCCAGGGUGAAUCUCCAGAACUGUGCAGGGCAGCUCUAGACUGACAGUGUUUGUCCAGAUGUAUUACCGGCUUUUAAAGAUGGCACAUGUACAAGGGAUGCCAGUAAAUUAUAGGAUAUCUCCUGGGUGGUGUGUUGUUUCAAGAACAGCAUAUGGAAAGCUGGAGCCAGAAUCAGAUAUGACCAAUACCAUGGGACAGACGAUGUAGUUAAUGAGGCAGAUUUGAUGAGAAAUCUCUCCACAAAAAAAAAACUUAGCCAAACUGUGUAAGUCCAAAACAAAAAAAACACACACAUAAGAUUCAAUCAUAUAUUCGCUUUGGAAUAUAACAGCAGAGAUUACAAGUGCAGCUGUGUUCACUCCAUUCUGGUAUCACUGGUCCCUUUUGAAACCCAAUUUUACGUUGCAUUUUUUAAAAUGCACUCAUCAGACAUGCAUCCAAAUAUCAGCUUCAGUUAAUUUUUAUAGUUUAGAAAAGAUUGUCGCGAGUGCAGCUGCCACUGCCAAUGAAGCUAUAACCAAUGUUUUUUAGUACUCCAGAAUUAAAUCAAACUUCUUGAUUUGUAAUGAGAAUAUUCACUUCUGCAGUGGAGCAGUUUCUUUACCUCUGGGCUUUUGUAGCAUCUUGGCUGUGGAGGUCAGAAGAGUACUACUGAGUAAUGAGAAUGUGGGAAUGGCCAAGUAUUGUGGAAAUUUUUGCGACUGGUAUUGGAGAUUGGAUCCUUGACAAAGAUAGAUUCUAUGGAACAGGAAUUUAUGCCAAUGUUGUCUUCCAAUUUAUAGUCUUGCUGGAACAACAAAAAUCACAACAAAUCCAUUGCAGCCCCAUCAGUCUCAUCUUUAUCAUAAGCAAAAACAAUGAAAGGGGUAUGUCAACAAUGCUAUUAAGUGACUUUUUCUUAUCCUUUCAUACAUGUGGGCAUCAUUGGCAAGGCCAAAACGGUCACUAAUCCCUAACUGCCCUUGAACUGAGUGGGUUGCUCGCUCAUUUCAGGGGCAGUAAAGAGUUAAACACAUUGCCGUGGAUCUCAACCCACAUAUAGGCCAGGAAAAGAUAGAGGGUUUUUCUUCUCCAAAAGAUAUUAGUGAGCCAGAUGGGCUUUUAUGAUAAUUGAUUACAGUUUAACGGACAUUAUUUCUGAGACUAAAUAGCUUUCAAUUCCAACUCAAGUUUCACUAGCAGCUGGUAUGGGGUUUAAACCCAUGUCCCCAAGCGUUAGUCUCGGCUAUUAGCUCAUCAGUUCAGGAUGUUACUAUGACAACAGUAACUUGCUUACUUUAGGUUCUGACAGGACUACACAAGUGUCAAGCAAUGAACACUUCUUACAAGAGAAUCUAAUCAUCUCCCUAUUGACAUUCAAUGUCAUUAUCAUUUGUACUAAAGUCAUCCCAGGAUUGCAAUCUAACAGAUAGUACCUCAUCAAAUUUGAGACCAUCCAGGACAAAGCAGCCAAAUUCCCACUUUAAUCAUCCACUGCCUCCACCUCUGCUGCACUCGAGCAGAAUUGAAAUGGACUGGAAAUAUUUUUGUGUUGAUGACAGAAGGUAGAGUGAAUGAUAAAGAUGGGGAGGGUACCUACAGCAAAGAUAAAGGGGGUGCUAAAAGUGACUGAAAUGUAAAAUGGGUGUCUGAUGUGAAAAGGACAAAAUGGGUCCGCUUUGCUAAAAGCAAAGCCACAAGUCAAAUGUGAUAUUAAGGGUGUGUAUUCAAAAUGGUCAGAGGAUAUGGUCUGACGUUGCAAAGUGAUCGGAGGUUCAAAUGUAUGGAAACACUAUUGCAAAGAGUUAGACAGUCAGUCAUGACUCAGUUUGUCACACUCUUUUCAUCACUGAAACACAAGAUUCUAUAUUCAAGAGAUAAUAGGAACUGCAGAUGCUGGAGAAUCCAAGAUAAUAAAAUGCGAGGCUGGAUGAACACAGCAGGCUAAGCAGCAUCUCAGGAGCACAGAAGCUGACGUUUCGGGCCUAGACCCUUCAUCAGAUUCAAGUCCUGCUACAGAUCUUCAGCACAAAAAUGAAGGCUGCCACUUCAGUACAUGACUGGGGAAGUGCUGCCCUAUCAGAGGUACAGUCUUUGGGAUGAUAUUAGACCAAAGUUUGCGAACAGGGUGAUAUAAAGACUGAAGAGUUGAAAAAAUACAAGAU